GUCUAUGACCUUCUCCCAAAGGAGCUGCAGUUACCACCUUCCAGAGAAACAUCCAUAGCAUCCAUGAGCCAAACAAGCGGUGGUGAGGCCGGUUCGCCGCCUCCAGCUGUAGUUGCUGCUGGAUUUGCCUCUGAAGCAGGGAGUGUCUGCAUUAAAAAUGACCUGUAGUUCUCUGCUUCAUAGAUGCUUCUUCAGCUCCCUCCUCUUCCUCCAUGGGCGGUGCUUGCAGCUCCUUUACCACCUCUUCCAGCCCUACCAUUUACUCUACCUCAGUCACCGACAGCAAGGCUAUGCAAGUGGAGAGCUGCUCCGCGGCCGUGGGGGUAAGUACCCGAGGGGUAAGUGAGCAGCAGAUAACCAGUAACACAGCCCAGCAGCACCCGGCCACGCCGAAGCGCCACACUGUCCUGUACAUCUCGCCACCUCCCGAGGACUUGCUGGACAACAGCCGGAUGUCCUGCCAGGAUGAGGGCUGUGGAUUGGAGUCAGAACAGAGCUGCAGUAUGUGGAUGGAGGAUUCACCCUCCAACUUCAGUAACAUGAGUACCAGUUCCUACAAUGAUAACACUGAGGUGCCACGUAAAUCGCGCAAGCGCAACCCAAAGCAGAGGCCAGGGAUCAAACGCCGAGAUUGCGAAGAGUCCAACAUGGAUAUCUUUGAUGCCGACAGUGCCAAAGCGCCUCACUAUGUCCUUUCUCAGCUCAGCACGGACAGCAAAAGCAACUCAAAAGCAGGAAAUGGAGCAUCAGAGAACCAGAAGGGAGCUGGAGGGAAGAAGACCCCAAUGUUGUGUGGUCAGUACCCGACUAAGAGUGAGGGGAAGGAGCUGAAGAUCAUGGUGCAGCCGGAGACCCAGCACAGGGCUCGGUACCUGACCGAGGGCAGCCGGGGCUCCGUCAAGGACCGCACGCAGCAGGGCUUCCCCACCGUCAAGCUGGAAGGCCACAACGAGCCCGUGGUGCUGCAGGUGUUCGUGGGCAACGACUCCGGGCGCGUGAAGCCGCACGGGUUCUACCAGGCCUGCCGGGUCACGGGCAGGAACACCACGCCCUGCAAGGAGGUGGACAUCGAGGGCACCACUGUCAUCGAGGUGGGGCUGGACCCAAGCAACAACAUGACACUGGCGGUUGAUUGUGUGGGAAUCCUGAAGCUGAGGAAUGCUGAUGUGGAAGCCAGGAUAGGGAUUGCUGGCUCCAAGAAGAAAAGCACCCGCGCUCGGCUUGUCUUUCGCGUCAACAUCACGCGCAAGGACGGCUCCACCCUGACCCUGCAGACGCCUUCUUCCCCAAUUCUGUGCACUCAGCCAGCAGGAGUCCCAGAGAUCCUAAAGAAAAGUCUCCACAGCUGUUCAGUGAAGGGUGAAGAGGAAGUUUUUCUGAUUGGCAAGAACUUCCUAAAGGGAACAAAAGUGAUUUUCCAAGAGAAUGUUUCCGAUGAGAAUUCUUGGAAGGCAGAAGCUGAAAUUGACAUGGAAUUAUUUCAUCAGAAUCACCUUAUUGUGAAGGUGCCACCAUAUCACGACCAGCAGAUCACCUCAGCUGUCUCAGUGGGCAUUUACGUGGUGACCAACGCUGGCAGAUCUCACGACGUGCAGCCCUUCACCUACACUCCAGAGCCAGCUGGGACUCUGAAUGUUAAUGUGAAGAAGGAAAUCUCCAGCCCAGCCCAACAUUGUUCUUUUGAAGAGGCUAUAAAAGCAGUGAAGGCCACGGGCUGUAACCUGGAGAAGGUGAACAUUCUUCCUAGUGCCUUGAUAACUCCACUCAUGCCAAGCAGUAUGAUCAAGAACGAAGAUGUGGCUCCAAUGGAAGCUUCAAAUGUGGUUGGACCAACUCAGCAAACAUUGGAAAACAGCAUGUCUGGCAUAUCAACUUCUGCUUCCCAUUUACCUUCUGAAAGUGAAAACCAGCAGCAAAUCCAGCCCAAGGUGUACAACCCAGAGACCCUGAGCACGAUCCAAACGCAGGACAUUUCCCAGCCCGGCAGCUUCUCCGCAGUGUCCACCCCGGGCCAGCUGCAGAACAGCGAUGCCCUGCUGCAGCAGGCUGCGCAGUUCCAGACGAGGGACUCCCAGCCCAGGGAGGUGCUGCAGUCGGACGGCACGGUGGUGACUCUGUCACAGCUGACUGAUGCCUCACAGCAGCAGCAGCCGACGCUCUCGGAGCCGGCCCAGGCCCUGCAGCAGCAGAUUUCCUCGAGCAUCUUCUCGUCGGCCAGCGGCGUGAGUCAGCUCCAGAACACCAUCCAGCAGCUCCAGGCUGGGAACUUCCCCACCAACACCGCCACGGGCAGCAGCAGGAAUGUUGACUUGGUGCAGCAGGUUCUGGAAGCUCAGCAGCAGUUAUCUUCCGUUUUGUUUUCGGGCUCGGACAGCAGCGAGGAUGUCCAAGAUCAGCUGAACGCAGAUAUCUUUCAGCAGGUCAGCCAGAUACAGAACAGCGUGAAUCCCGGGAUGUUUUCCUCCUCAGACACAGCUGUCCAUUCCAGACCGGAGAACCUUCUGCCUGGACGAGCCGAGAGCGUUCGCUCCCAGCCUGAAGGUGCCCUGUCCAACCAGCAGCAGCAGCAGCAGCAGCAGGCCAUGGAGACGUCGGCGGCCAUGGUGAUGGGCAUGCAGCAGAACAUGUGCCAGGCGGCCACGCAGAUGCAGUCGGAUCUGUUCUCCUCCAGCACGGCGGGGAACGGAGCCCUGCAGCAGUCCCCGGUGUACCAGCAGGCGUCUCACAUGAUGGGUGGCUUGUCCUCCAGUGAGGACAUGCAGAUGCAGUGCGAGCUGUUCUCCUCGUCCCCGGGGGUGUCCGGCGGCGAGGCGGCCGCCCCCGCGCAGCAGCCGGUCUCCAGCAACGGCGCUGCCAUGUUCCAGCCCUCGAGCUCUGCAGAGGGAGAAGAGGCCUCGGGCCAGAGCAAGCAGAUGCAGAGCUCUGUGUUUCAGACCAUGGUUCAGAUGCAGCACAGUGGGGAAAGUCAGUCCCAGGUUAAUCUCUUCUCAUCUACCAAGACCAUGAUGAGUGUCCAGGCCAGUGGGACUCAGCAGCAGGGCGGGGGCCUGUUCCAGCAAGGUGGAGAGAUGAUGUCCAUUCAGUCGGGAAGCUUCAUCCAGCAGUCUCCACACUCACAAGCUCAGCUUUUCCACUCUCAGAACCCUAUUGGUGACACUCAGAAUAUAUCCCAGGAAACACAAGGAUCCCUUUUUCAUAGCUCAAAUUCCAUUGUCCACAACCAGACCAACACUAAUUCCUCUGACCAACUGCAGCCCCCCAUGUUCCACUCACAGAAUGCCAUGGGUGUCUUGCAGAGCUCCUCGGUGCCUCAAGACCAGCAGUCUGCCAACAUGUUCCUUUCCCAGAGUUCCAUGAGCAACCCUGCCACUCAGGAAGAGCAGAUGUCAUUCUUUACAAGCCCAAAUCCCAUUUCUCCUCUUCAGACAGCAACAAACACUGAACAGCAGACUUCUUUCCAGCAGCAGACGCAGAUCUCUCAUAUCCAGAGUUCCAUGCUUCCCCAGGAGCAGCCCCAGACUCAGCCAGCUCAGCAGGGUUUGUUUCAGUCCCAAGUGUCGUUGGGCUCCAUGCAGUCCAGCUCCAUCCCUCAGAACCAACAGGGAGCCAUCUUCCAGCCUCAGCAUUCGAUUGUUGCUAUCCAGAGCAGCCCUCCAUCUCAGGAGCAGCAACAGCAGCAGCAGCAGAACAUGAUGUUCAGCAAUCAAAAUGCAAUGAGUACAAUGGCCCCCCAAAAGCAGAACAUGAUUUUCAAUCCAAACCAAAACCCAGUUACCAAUCAGGAGCAGCAAGGCCAGUCCAUUUUUCAUCCACAGUCCAACAUGGCCUCGAUGAAUCAGGAACAGCAGCCCAUGCAAUUCCAGAGUCAGACCACAGUGUCGUCUCUCCAGAAUCCUGGCUCCAGCCAGGCUGAAGCACAGCAGCCAACCAUCUUCCAUAACUCGCCCCAGAUUCAGCUGGUCCAAGGGUCCCCAAGUUCUCAAGAGCAACAAGUCACUCUCUUCAUCUCCUCAGCUUCCAUGUCUGCCCUGCAGAACAGCAUGAGCCAGCCGGAGCUGCAGCAGUCCCCCAUGUACUCCUCCCAAAACAGCAUGGCAGGAAUGCCAGGAACUGCUUCUCCUCCCCAGCAGCAGGCUCCUCUGUUCCACAGCACGGCGGGAGGUGCCAUCAACCAGCUGCAGAAUUCCCCUGCCUCAUCCCAGCAGACCUCGGGAAUAUUCCUGUUCGGCAUCCAGAACAACUGCGGGCAGCUGCUGCCCGCCGGGCCCGCGGCGCUGCCGGAGGAGCUGAUGGCCAUGGGGCAGCCCGGGCAGCCCCAGGGCGAGGCCCAGCCCGCCGUGCCGGCGCUCCUGUCCCAGCAGCUCCCCGAGACCCCGCCGCUGCCCUCGGCCAUGGCCGCCAACCAGAACAUGGAGAAGAUCGAUGAUCUGCUCGUGUCCCUGCAGAACCAGGGGAACAACAUGGCUGGCUCGUUUUAAUUAGGCAAGUGAAAUUCCCUGGAGAAAAAAAAGCGACGAUUUCCCAGAUCCUCUCAGACCUUCCACCUCUGGAUUAGGCUGCGUGGAACCAAUUGCUUCUGUGGAAAAGUGGCCUCUUUAAGAGCACACGUGUGGCCAGUGGCAGACCUGAGGCCAUGACCAUGGAGUUGGGGCUCCACAGUGCCAAUAAUGCUGAGGAGUUAUGCUUUGUGUUACUGGGGCGUGGGGUUGGGCUGUUACCAGGUUCAUAAACCUCAUUACAGUGAGGGCUCUUGGAAUUUAAAGCAUAUCUGGUCAGUUAUUAUUGUUGUUGGAAGGUAAUCCAUGUUACCACGUUUACUUUUUCCCUGCUAUUCCUUCUUCCCAUCCCUUUUUUCCCUCGGGAAGCUUGUGCAGCAGGAACAGCAGCUGCCUCUGCCCCGAGCUGUGACUCAGCUGUCAGUAAGUGAAGGAGUGACACGGAGUGGGAGAGCCAGACCCACCCUUUAUGUAUUGAAAGUAUUGAUAACUGUAAUAACCAAGCAGAGAAUUGCUGCUGUAAAUAACCAUUUCCCAUCUGAGAAUGGGGUUAACGGUUUUCCACAUCUGUGGAAGCUGGAGUUACGUGGAGCUGUACAUAGAGCAAGGGUUUGGUGGCUCUACAAAAUGAAGAAAUGAAGGGGAACUUCCAGUUGAUCUUAAAAUCUUCUCUAAAACACUUUCAGCUUGAAAAGAGCAUUCUGUGUGGCUGAGGAAGGGACUCCUCUGUGUCUCUUGUUCUGACUGAUGGGUUGGAGCUCUGUGAAGCCUCAUGAGCUGUUCCCAAACCAGCCUUCUCCCUUUUAUUAUUUCCAUGGUUUUCCUUCUCUCCCUCAGUUUUGUAUUUUGUUUUUUAAAAAAAGACAUAAAUAUCCUACUGGCUUUAAAGCUAAAGAAAGAGCUUUUAGGAAUCCUUGGCAGUAAAUUGCUUAGUCAGUAGAAGCUUUGACAAAUAAUCAAGGAGUAAGGAGAGAGGAAGCAAUUUCUCCACCACCUUCUAAUUGCAGGAAUCCCCCUUAACCCGCCACUUCCAGCUGUGACUGAUGGAAAUCUUCAGCUUGGCUUUACUCCAAGUAGGGGGCAAAUUGCAUCAUUUUUAAGCCUUCUUAAAAGGUCACUUCAUCCCGAGCUGUUGCAUCUUUGUAGCACGUGGAGCUCAUCGCAGUUCUGAAGUGAUUUUUCCUUUUUCUACCACCGAGCCCCAAGUCUGGUUUCUAGAUUGUCACGUUUAAUUAAGGAAUAAAUCAUUGACUGAUGUUACCGAAUGUAAAAACAACCCACUCCAGACCGUGCAGGUGUAUCGUGAGGCUUGUGGAUUUUUUGGGUGCUUCAACUCUCCAGACAGUGUGUGAUCUCUCACUACAGCCUCGUCCAGAUCCGUGUUCCUCCCGCUGCCGCCGGAGCCCAGCCGCUCCCGCGGCGCCCGUUCCGCCUCGGCAGAGUCUAGCUGGUGUCACGUCAUUCUUCAUUUUUGUUAUUUGAAAUAACAAAAGAACAGUCUGUAAAUGGGUUUUUUUUAAGUUCCUCGAGUCUGUUUACUGUGUGUUUUCCCCUUAACUCGUGUGCGUAGUUGAGCCGUGUAGAGUUUUUGUUGGUUUUCCUGGAUUCCCCCGUUUGUUGGUCUGUCACGACGUUCACUUUCUCUUUCUGUCUCUCUCUUUCUCUCUCUCAUUGAGAGGCAUUGAAUUACGUUUUCAGUAGUAAGGCUUCUUGCCGAUAUGAAGGGAACUUUUCAGAAAGAGACCUGCUCUGGGUCAUUUAAUUUUGAAUACAGUUUUCAAUCGUUCAAGUUUUGGAUGGUUUAUAUCUAAUGUGUGUUUCAUUUUUUUGGAAAGCUAUAUUUUGUAUUUAGGAAAUGGUAUAACUAUUUUGCUAUUUGUACUGAGUGAGUACAUUGGCAUAAAUAUAAAAAUUUAUAUAUAUACAUAUAUAUAAAAUAUUCUUUUUGCCACACAUUUUUGUGGUAAAUUUGUGAGUUUGUCUGAUGUUCUACCACAACGUGGCGUCUGAUAACAGUGGGGUGGGGUGGGGUUUGUUAUGUCUUUAUUGAGUAUUUAAGUACUUUUUGCAACAUAAAUAACGUGUUCAUCUCUCGCCAUUCCAUCAGGCAGUGUUGGUCCAGCUGGCCACGAGAAGCUUUGCUCUGUGUUUGGUGUGUCCCUCAUCACAGCCUAGCCAGGAAACCCAGAGGCAUUUAGGAUUAUAUAAAAUAUGAAAUAUUGGGGUUUCCAUCAGAAUGAGCCAUUCAGCUUUUCUCCACUCUCAUUGCCUAUUUAAUAUUUUAUUAUUAGCGCCUCUGUGUUUUAACUUCUAAUUUAUGAUUAUGCUCAAACGUUGGAAAUUUUAAUCAGGACAGAAAGGAUUCCCCGCUGCAUCAUGUCCAGAGCUGCUUUAACCCCGACCCAGACUUCUUCUUUCUGUAUUUUAUUUUUUUUCCCCUGCUAAGACAAAACAUUACCAACAUCUUGUAAUGGUUCACAACACGAAAGCAGCAGCCCCAGCAGCGCCCAGGUGCUGCGUGGGGCUGCUCAGGCUGAGAGCAAUGGGCCCAGCAACGUCCAGGGGGCCGUGGAAGUCCAUAGGCACUGACUGGGAAAGGAACUGGUGGUGUUUGCAGGACCUGUGUCCCAGGGUGAGCUCUUGGGGUCACCUGGGGCCGUCGGACGCGGAAGGAGCGACGGGAACGAUGGCUUCGCUCGCGUGCUGCUUCAGUGUUUGCUCCUUGUUCCCAAGGGCUCUAUCCAUUUGUUGGUCGUGCCAAGUCACCAGGGACCAAUUCUCCAUGGAACAGGAUGAGUGCCCAGAAGAGAACCUCAUCCCAAGCCUGCCACAGCUCCAGGGAAGGGUAUGUUUGAAUCGUGGGCGUUUGAGGUCGCUCGUGAAGAGAAGAGAGAAAAAAACAUACACAAAAAACCAACCAAGGGCUGUGCUAUCCCAGUUUUCCUUCUGGAAACACCUUCCUUUCCUCGUGUUAAAUUUACCUGUUCAUUUUAGGUCAAUGUUUAAAUGUACAACACUUUGAACAUGUGAUUUGGUUACAAAAAGUAUUUGUGUGACUGAAGAGGUCGCUCAGCGGUUGGCGCGUGCUCGGCAGCGGCUCUGAGGGUGGAGGGCUUGGAUCAGCCCCAGAAGAGCUCAGGGACAGGCUGCAGGGUGUCACGGCAGGGAGCGCAGCCCGCUGUCUCACCAGGGCCCUGAACAUGCACUUCUGGCAUUUUUAGCAGUUGAGGUUGGGCAGCAGAGCUUCUCUAUGACCCCUGUGUUCCAGGAGCACGCGGGCACUGCCGUCGUGUCUGGGCCCUUUGGGUGACAGAGAGGACCCUGAGGUACCAGUCUGUGCCAGUCCAGCAUCCCUGGGGGUCCCAGAGCGCCCGUGUGUGGGCACAGGUGAGAGUUGAGGGAGAUGGAGCUGCCAACCCCCCCAUGCCCCUCAGCUUUUACCCUGAGUGUGCCCAGAGCCCCCCCAGACACCACGGAGCCAACACUGGGUGCACGGCUUGAGCUGAACAUCUCCUCUGGCACGGAGUUACUGGUGCUUUGUGCUUAAUUAACAGUUGCUUUGGUAUUAAUUGCCUCCUCACUGCCUGGUCUUGCAGCAAGCCAAACACUUUGCUCUUAUUUUAUCACAAAUCUAGUUCAAGAAGUAAUUCCAGGCUGGCUGUUCUGAAGUGGGUGUCCACUCUCUGAUCAGUGAUGAUGAUUUCUUCUAAUCACUGACAGAUUAAACCAGAGAUAAAACAAGGCAUGAACAGUUAAACAUAACCUCGGCAGGUUUUUACUGGAAGUGCCAAGUCUGGGCAGCUGAGUCAGUGGGCAUUCCCCUCUCUUGCAUAAGCUGAACUUUAUAAUUUUUUAAGUUUCCAUUGAUAUUUUGAUUUAGAAUCUAAUUUCUAAAAGGAAAAUACCUCUGAAUGGAUUUUUAUUCCUCUUUUGUUGUGCCUCUGCUUGGCAAACUGUUGGGUUCCUUUUCCAGGGCCAUUGUGGGAGAGCAGAGGGAGCACAGACAUGGAUCUGAGUGAGGGGAGCAGGAGAGAGGAGAGGGAGUUGCUUGGCGUGCUCUGAGCUGUAGGUGGAAGGCGAGCACAGGAAAUUCUGGUCACUGGUUGACUGCUCAUGAGUGCAAAUGGAAUUUCAGGGAGUUGGGGGUUUUGUGUUCGGGGGGCUCGGGCAGCUCCGUUCUGUAGACACUAAAAGGAAACAGCAGUGGGAUGCUGUGUUUGUUCAGGGGCUUUGUUCCAGUUUGGGCUGGUUUGGUCUUUGUGGCAGCCUGUGAGCACUCUGUGUUCCUGCUCAGACCAGCUGUGCCAGCUGUGGUGCCCCGGGCAGGGCGUCUGUGCCACCGAGGGUCGGCGUUGGAAAUGGGCUAAACCUGCUAGAAACAGGGAAAAAUGCAGCAGGGGGUAAAGUCCUGCCAAAGGGAACUUGUGAAAUUCUCUAGGGGAGUGGGGGACUCGGGGAGGUUCCACAGGAGGAGAGGCUUUUCCUCUCCCAGUCUGUAUAGGGAUGUAAAUAUGCACUGCCUGUAUAUUCUAGGAUUAUAUAUAUGUAUAUAGAGGAGUCAGAUUAUUAUAUAUAAAUAUUAGUAGACACAGCAUUAGAACACUGUUAUAUUUACAUUUUUAUAAACAUGAAAUAAUACUCCUUUUCCUCAGUAGGAGGUUUUUGUAGUAACUCAUGAGUAGCUGUCUCACACCUCUCAGUCCUGGACGUGUGGUCCUGUUGGUGACGUGGAUCCAGAACUUGCUCUGCUUGGGAACCUCGCUGGGAUCUGUGGCUUGCCAGCAGCUGUGGCCACUCUUGUGUUUUUGUAUCUUUUAGUUCAUACUUGCAGGUGUGGUUUAGGAUAGAACUGACUGAGGAUGGGCUUCCUGCAGCCCUGAGCAUCCCUGGGCUUCCCCUGAGUGCUUUCCAUGCCCAGUGGGGCAGCAGCUGGUGCAGACAGGGAUUGCUGCUGGCUGUGCUGCGCAGGGCUGCUGACACCAGCCCAGGUGUGUGGGAUGUCACUGUGUAGCAAAAGGUCCCUGCUCGUGCUGGGUCAGGGAGGGGAAGCUCCUCUGCCCUUUCUCUUUAUUCCCACGAAGGCAAGAGUCUGUAAACUUGAUUAUUUUAACUGAUUCAUUAGUGCAACAAUCAAAAUCUAAAGAACUCCUUGAAAGCCAGUGAAGCUCCCCUUGAAUUCUGUCUGUCAGGAACCUGCCACGACUCGUGCUGAUUUCUUUCUUGCAGGUUGUGUGAGGAAUUAAACCCUAAGAAUCACAGAAUCAUGGAAUAUCCUGAGCUGGAAGGGACCCACAGGGAUCAUCCAGUCCAACCCCAGCCCUGCACAGACCCCCCAACACUCCCACCCUGGGCAUUCCUGAGAGCACUGUCCAACCUCUCCUGGAGCUCUGGGGCCGUGCCCAUUCCCUGGGAGCCUGGGCAGUGCCAGCACCCUCUGGGGGAAGAACCUUUCCUGAGAUCCACCCUGAACCUCCCCUGACAGAGCUCCAGCCAUUAAAUCAGGUCAUGCAUUCAGUAAUGUGUGUUGUGUCCAACAUGACUUUCAAUUCCAAAUCUGUGCUGCACUGGAAUUUGUGGAUCAGUGUUACCCUGGUACAGGUCUUCUUAAAUCCCUCCUCCCCACUGAGAGCCAGUGUCCUCCUUUGUUCUCUUGGAGUUUGCAGAGCUGAACUCUGCUUUUUCCACAGAUGUGUCAUUUUUACUGUUACACUUCACUGAAUUGCCUGGUGACAUUCACUGUGUAGGGCCAGGGCAAGGAAGCCAGGACUCCCUGCUCACUGACCCCUCUGUUGAGGUUCCAAGGCUCCCACACCCAGCAGCCCUCUGUGACACAUUCCAGCUCCAGGCCUGGGAUUAGGGAGGGGUUUCUUCACCUGGCAGGUAAAUGGCCUUGGCUUUGUUUUGGCCCUGGAGCUGCCCCAUGGAACGGGACCUGACCUGGGCAGGACCAUGGCUGCCCCUUGGGAUAACGUGUCCAGGGGGCUGUUCCUGUUUGGAAGUGGCUCUUUGGGUCUUGCAGAACUGGGAUCCCAUUCCUGUGUCCUUAGCCUGCAGCAUUCCUGAGGCUUUUCUAUUCUGGGUAAAAGGAGGCAAUUUGAAUUAUUCCCAUCUGAGCUGAUGCUAAGCUCCAACCCCUCCAGAGCAGAGCUCCAGCCUCUGUCCCUGCACCUGAGGUGGGCUCUCCCCUGCCUGCCAGAUGUUCUGGGUGCACCCUCGACCGCUGAGCUGCCUCUUCUGUGUCCUGCAGUGUGAAAGUAGCACCAGAUACUCCUUCGUGCAGUUCUGUGUAUAUGGCUUUCGUAGGUGGGUUUUCCAGGCACUGAUUCCCGGUGUUUUCAGUUUGUCUAUGAGGGGAUAUUUUAUUUGCAUCUAUGUUUUUAGCUCUCCUGUGAUAACUUGUUGAAUAUUAAAAAAAAAAAAAUAUUUUGCUUCUAUUGGGACAUUUGUAUACUCGCAACUAUAUUUCUGUAAACAGCUGCAGUCGAGAAUAAACGAUGAAAGUUUUCAUUUUA